AUGGAGGUCCCUGCUCUUCUCUCAUCACUGGCAGUUUUAAUACUAAUAUCAACACCAUGGCACUCCCAGCCAGUGGAGUCCUCUCCUCAUAGCAACAUCACAGACUUGUUUGCUCUCCUUGCCUUCAAGGACCAUGUGUCUGACCCUUACGGCGUCUUGGCUAGAAGCUGGAACACUACCACCUCCUUCUGCAGCUGGACUGGAGUCUCCUGUAGCCGCCGUCGCCAGAGAGUGACUGCCCUGGUGCUCGGUGACUUCCCUCUCCGAGGUACCAUCGCUCCCCAUCUUGCCAACCUCUCUUUCAUCUCGCGUCUGAUCCUGCACAACACCAGUCUUGUGGGCCCCAUUCCGGAUCCUCUUGGACGGUUGCACCGCCUCCGAUUUCUCGACCUAAGCGUGAAUCGUCUAACAGGGGCGAUCCCUGUCACCUUGAGCAAUCUCACGAAGCUCAGCUUUCUUGUACUUUCACAAAACAACAUCACCGGGGCAAUUCCUCCAGAGCUUGCCCGCUUGACCGCUCUGCAGCAGCUGUUUCUGAAAAAAAAUGACCUGAGCGGCCCGAUCCCACUGUCCCUGGUCAACAACAUGUCAAUGCUCAACGUCCUAAACCUAGGUUAUAACGCACUCUCAGGCCCCAUUCCUGACAGCGUCGGCUACCUGCCCCAACUCAGGUCCCUCGUCCUCCAGUUUAACCAGCUAUCUGGUCCCAUCCCUCCCAGCAUCUUCAAUAUGUCUCUGCUAGAGAGCCUUUACCUUGUACGGAACAACCUAUCAGGUCCCAUACCUGAAAUCGGUAAUCAGAGCAUUGGGCUACCGCAACUUCGGCAAAUCUCCCUCUCAGACAAUCAACUCUCCGGGCCCAUUACGUCGAGUUUCGCCACAUGCACACAUCUUGAGAUUUUGUCCCUGUCGUUCAAUCAAUUGACCGGAUUGAUUCCGACGGAACUGGCAACCUUGUUAGAGCUCACAUUAUUAUUUUUGGGCGUGAAUAACCUCACUGGAACGAUCCCAGCUGCCCUGAGCAACCUCACAAGACUGAGUCAACUCGAGCUGUUCGAAAACAGCCUGCACGGGGAAAUUCCCGCAGAGAUUGGCCAACUUUCUUAUCUCCAGGAUCUGAAUUUGGCGUUGAAUCGUCUGACAGGUGCAAUCCCUGAUUCUUUAGGCAACGCCUCCUCGCUCAAUUCUGUAGAGCUGUCACACAAUGCCUUGACUGGAACAGUGCCCACUACGGUUGGGAACUUGGCGGCCCUACAGUAUUUUAAUAUAGGAGUGAACAAGUUGGGCGGAGGGCUCGAGUUCCUCGUUUCUUUGUCCAACUGCAGGAGCCUAGAGAAUCUGUAUAUUUCAGCGAAUGCGUUUGACGGAAAUCUUCCUGAAUCCAUCGGGAACCUCUCGACACAUCUUCUUAUAUUUGCUGCUGGCAACAACCAGAUCAAGGGAAAGAUACCUUCUAGUUUGGGCAAUCUAAGCAGUCUCAUGUCUUUUUACCUGUAUGAGAACCAGAUGACAGGGGUCAUUCCCCCAGCAAUCACCAGCUUGGAGAAGCUACAGUUGCUGGAUCUUGGCUAUAAUAGGAUCGGUGGCUCCAUCCCGCAACAACUUGAUGGAUUAAAGAGUUUAAGCGAGCUUCAUCUCGAUGGGAACAUGUUUUUGGGCUCGAUACCUGACUGUAUUGGGAACAUGACUCAGCUGCGAUCCCUGACACUCUCCAUCAAUUUGCUGUCGUUGACCAUACCUUCAAGCAUAUGGCACCUAAGGGAUGUUUUGGAACUUGAUCUGUCCCAUAAUUCUUUGGAUGGCUUCCUACCAAUAGAUGUGAGAAGCCUCCAUGCCAUCACUGAAUUGGAUCUCUCUGCUAACCGAUUGUAUGGUAAGCUCCCGGCAGCUUUGGGAAGCCUCAUGACACUAGUCUAUCUGGAUCUAUCACGCAAUUCUUUCCAGGGUCCAAUUCCACAGUCCCUCGGUCAGUUGAUUGUUGUUCAGUCAUUGAACCUGUCAUCCAAUUCUUUCUCUGGCGCCAUUCCCAAGUCCUUGGCCAACCUCACAUUGCUUCAGAACUUAAACCUCUCUUUUAAUAGGUUAGAAGGCCAGGUUCCAGAAGGUGGUGUCUUCUCCAAUCUCACAAUCCAAUCUUUGAUGGGAAACGCUGCAUUAUGCGGGGCAACAUUGCUAGGAAUGUCAGCUUGCUCCCAUGAUGAUGGUGGUGCCUCUCAUUCGAGAUCGACAAGGCGUCUACUGAAGUAUUCCCUCCCUGUUAUUGUAUCUACGAUGCUGUUGGCUGCUUGCUUCUACCUAUUGAUAACAAAGCUGAAGAGAAGGAAGGAAACUGCAAUUCCAGCUGAAGUAGUACAUGUGCCUGACCAUAGAUUGAUUUCCUACCAUGAACUCAGCUGUGCUACCAACAAUUUCAGUGAGGCCAACCUUUUGGGAACAGGGAGUUUUGGGUCAGUGUUCGAGGGACAACUAGAUGAUGGGUCACUUGUAGCUAUAAAAGUUCUAAACUUGCAAACCGAAGGAGCCUCUGAAAGUUUUCACACAGAAUGCCGAGCAUUGCGCAUGGCUCGGCCCCGGAACCUUGUCAAGAUACUCAGCGCUACUUCUAACUUAGACUUCAAGGCUUUGGUUCUCCAGUACAUGCCAAAUGGCAGCCUCGAGAGAUGGCUGUAUUCCUACAAUUACUGCUUGAGCCUCAUCCAGAGAAUAAACAUUAUGCUGGAUGUGGCGAUGGCACUGGAGUACCUCCACCACCACUACUUGGAAGUUGUGCUGCACUGCGACCUAAAGCCAAGCAAUGUAUUGCUGGAUGAAGACAUGGUGGCUCAUGUCUCUGACUUUGGCAUCGCCAAGCUGCUUCAUGGCAUCAGCAGGUCCAUAGCAUCUGCGACUGCACCUGGGACAAUUGGCUAUAUGGCUCCAGAGUAUGGAUUAGAUGGAAGAGUGUCAAGAAGGAGCGAUGUUUAUAGCUAUGGUAUACUAUUGCUGGAAACCUUUACAAGAAAGAAGCCCACUGAUGCGAUGUUUGCUGGGGAGUUGAGCUUAAGACAAUGGGUGAAUCAGGCUUUUCCUUCCGCAGUGUUGAAUGUUGUGGAUGGCAACCUUCUGAGAGAUGAAGCAGGUAGUGGCGCUAGCAAUACCUUUUCCAGUGAAAUACUAAUGGAAGACUUAAGCAGAAAGCAUAUAUGUUUUUCAUCCGUUCUGGAGUUGGGCUUACUAUGCUCCAAAGAAUUGCCCAAAGAAAGAAUAUUGAUGGAAGACGUUGUUGUGAGAUUAAAGAACAUCAAGGAGAAGUACUUGUCAAAUUCAUCUGGUGAUUGA